GGAAGUAAAUUAUUUUGUUUCCGGUUUGUCUCAUGUGAAUUUAGACUGCGAAAGUGUCUGAAGUGGGGUUUUGUUUUUAAAGUAGUAUUAAAAUCUACAAUAGUUGUGUGUGACACCGCUCCAGGCGUCGCAGGGAAAAUUGACUACGAAAGUGUUUUAAUUUCAGCACUUGAUAUUUGCUGGUUAAAGAAGACGGAGAUCUUCCCGUCCUAACGCAGCCAUGCCGCCUGGGCCUGUUCAAAUAGUUCAACCGGAGCCUAACAACAAUAAGGCUGACGAACCAAAGCCGGAUGAAACUCCAGCUACAAAGCCAAUCGUUGGAAUCAUUUACCCGCCUCCCGAAGUCCGAAACAUUGUUGACAAGACCGCCAGCUUUGUAGCCAGAAACGGGCCAGAGUUUGAGGCCAGGAUCCGACAGAACGAGAUCAAUAAUCCUAAAUUCAAUUUCCUGAACCCUAAUGACCCUUACCAUGCCUACUACCGGCACAAAGUCAACGAGUUCAAGGAGGGAAAGGCACAGGAACCUUCUGCUGCUGUUCCCAAGGUCAUGCAACAGCAGGCCCUGCAGCAGGCCCCCCAGCAGCAGCUGCCCCAGAAGGUUCAGGCCCAGGUAAUCCAUGAGACGGUCGUGCCCAAGGAGCCCCCACCAGAGUUUGAGUUCAUCGCUGAUCCGCCAUCAAUCUCUGCCUUCGACCUUGAUGUGGUCAAGCUGACUGCCCAAUUUGUGGCCCGCAAUGGCCGGCAGUUCCUCACUCAGCUGAUGCAGAAAGAGCAACGCAACUAUCAGUUUGACUUCCUGCGGCCUCAGCACAGCCUCUUCAACUACUUUACCAAACUGGUGGAGCAGUACACCAAGAUCCUCAUCCCUCCCAAAGGACUCCUGCUGAAACUGAAGAAAGAGGCAGAAAACCCUCGGGAAGUGCUGGACCAGGUGAGGUACCGUGUGGAGUGGGCCAAGUUCCAGGAACGUGAGAGGAAGAAGGAGGAAGAAGAGCGAGAGAAGGAGCGUGUGGCCUAUGCUCAGAUAGACUGGCAUGAUUUUGUUGUGGUCGAGACGGUGGACUUCCAGCCUAAUGAGCAAGGUCACUUCCCCCCUCCCACCACACCCGAGGAACUGGGAGCACGCAUCCUUAUCCAGGAGCGGUACGAGAAGUUUGGAGAGAGCGAGGAAGUGGAGAUGGAGGUGGAGAGUGAGGAUGAGGAGGAUGACAGGGAUGACCGAGAUGAAGGUCACCCCUCGCAGCCCGACCAGGACACACAGCUGCAGGACAUGGACGAGGGCUCUGAUGAUGAUGAUGAUGGUAUGAAGGCACCUCUGCCCCCUGACAACCCCAUGCCACCCCCUUUGCCCCCAACCCCAGACCAGGUCAUCAUUCGCAAGGACUACGACCCCAAAGCCUCCAAGCCCCCGGCCCCUGUGGCUGCCCCAGACGAGUACCUCAUCUCCCCCAUCACGGGCGAGAAGAUCCCGGCCAGCAAGAUGCAGGAGCACAUGCGCAUCGGGCUGCUGGACCCGCGCUGGCUGGAGCAGAGGGACCGCAGCAUCCGCGAGCGGCAGACCGAGGACGACGUGUACGCCCCAGGACUGGACAUCGAGAGCAGCCUGAAGCAGCUGGCCGAGAGGCGUACCGAUAUCUUCGGUGUGGAGGAGACGGCCAUCGGAAAAAAGAUUGGGGAGGAGGAGAUCCAGAAGCCAGAGGAGAAGGUGACCUGGGACGGCCACUCGGGCAGCAUGGCGCGCACCCAGCAGGCCGCGCAGGCCAACAUCACGCUUCAGGAGCAGAUCGAGGCCAUCCACAAGGCCAAGGGGCUGGUGCAGGAGGACGACAGCAAGGAGAAAAUCGGCCCCAGCAAGCCCAGCGAUAUCCUCCAGCCCCCCAUGCCAUCCUCCUCCCCGCUCCUGCUCAAACCCUCCCCGCCCAUCACCAGUCUGCCACGCCCUCCACCAUCGAUGCCUCCAAUACAGCGGCCCACUCUGCUGUCUGCCGUGCCUGUGCUCCCACGGCCCCCCAUGGCCCCUGUGGUGCGCCUGACGCCCGGGCAGGUCCUAACCCCCAUGCCCCCCAUGCUCCACGCACCUCGAAUCAACGUGGUGCCCAUGCCCCCAACGGGGCCCCACCUCAUGGCCCCAAGACCUCCUCCCAUGGUGGUUCCUACUGCUUUUGUUCCUGCUCCUCCGGUUCCACAGCCCCCAAGCUCAGCCCCUGCGCCCCUGCCCCCCUCUCACCCACCCCCGCCCCACGAAGACGAGCCUGCAAACAAGAAGAUGAAGACGGAGGACAACCUGAUGCCAGAGGAGGAGUUUUUGCGCCGGAACAAGGGCCCUGUGGCAGUCAAGGUGCAGGUCCCCAACAUGCAGGACAAGACCGAAUGGAAGCUGAACGGACAGGUGCUCAACUUCUCCGUCCCACUCACAGAUCAGGUGUCUGUAAUAAAGGUUAAAAUCCAUGAAGCUACAGGCAUGCCAGCAGGAAAACAGAAACUACAAUAUGAGGGGAUUUUCAUCAAAGACUCCAACUCUCUGGCCUACUACAACAUGAACAAUGGCUCCAUUAUCCAUCUGGCACUGAAGGAGAGAGGUGGCAGGAAGAAGUGAUCACACUUUACAACCAGGACAAUUCAUGUGUGUAGUACAGUCACUGACUGUACUACACACAUACAACCCAUUGAUUCUGUCUUUUGUCCUGUAGAAAGUCAUUUAACUCACUUCUAAUGAAGAGCUAAUUUGUCACUUGUGCAUUAGUAACUCAAACUUCGUUUUAGUGACUGAGAUCAGCAGUGUGCCGUUUUCAUAGAGAAUUUAACAUGAUUAAAGGAAAACUAGUAUGUCCAAUAGACUUAAGGAGUGACAACCGUACUCCUUGUCCUUAACUUUAAAUGUUAUCAAAAAUAAAGUCAAUGCCCGUUCAAAACGUCUGUACUCUUGUAUUCGUUAUCACCAUUUAAUAAAAUUGACGUUUUAAGAGAA